ACGACCGCUGACAUUUCUUAGAUCUAUCAAUUUAUCAAACGAACGCGUGCUUCGUCAAUAGAAUACGUGACGUAGUUUUAUUAAAUUCUCGAUUUCCCUUCUACACAAUCGGGAUUCGGGAGCGUGCCUGUGCCUAGUGCCUUCCGCGAGUGUGAAAAAGUUUACAUCAAUUCACUAUGGCUGCAAGCAACAACCCAUACAACCAUCUUUUGAAAUCGAUCGAGAUAAACGGCAAGACAUAUCAGUAUUACGAUGUUUCUGCACUCGGAGAGAAAUAUGACCGCCUCCCGUACUCCGUGCGGGUCCUGCUGGAGUCCUGCGUGCGGAACUGCGACAACUUCCAGGUUCUAGAGAAGGAUGUCGAGAAUGUCCUGCAGUGGGAGACCAACCAGACGGUUGAGGGGGGCGUGGAGAUAGCCUUCAAACCAGCCAGGGUCAUACUGCAGGAUCUGACAGGUGUCCCAGCUGUGGUAGACUUCGCGGCCAUGCGUGAUGCUGUAAAGGACCUUGGGGGAGACCCUCAGAAGAUCAACCCCAUCUGUCCAGCUGACCUGGUCAUCGACCACUCUGUACAAGUCGAUUUUGCUAGAGCACCGGAUGCCUUGAACAAGAACCAGGAGUUGGAGUUCGUCCGCAAUAAAGAACGGUUCCAGUUCCUCAAGUGGGGAGCUCAGGCCUUCGACAACAUGCUGAUAGUGCCACCUGGUAGUGGGAUCGUGCACCAGGUCAACUUGGAGUACUUGGCUCGCGUAGUAUUCUCCAGUGGGUUGCUCCACCCUGACAGCGUGGUGGGGACAGACAGUCACACAACCAUGAUCAACGGGCUUGGAGUAGUCGGCUGGGGGGUGGGAGGUAUCGAAGCUGAAGCAGUGAUGUUGGGUCAAGCCAUCAGCAUGCUGAUCCCAAAGGUUGUUGGAUACAAGCUCGUCGGGGAGUUGAACCCGCUUGUCACGUCUACAGACCUAGUCCUGACUAUAACUAAGCACCUCCGCUCUCUGGGCGUCGUCGGUAAAUUCGUUGAAUUCUACGGCCCCGGUGUUACCGCCUUAAGCAUAGCGGACAGAGCGACGGUAGCCAACAUGUGUCCGGAGUUCGGUGCCACGGUCGCGCACUUCCCCGUCGACGAGAGGUCGUUGCAGUAUUUGAGUCAGACAAAUCGCUCUCAAGAAAAGAUUAAUAUUAUUGAAGCCUACCUCCGCGCUACGAAACAGUUUAGGAACUAUAAUGAUCCCGCAGAAGACCCUAUUUUCUCUGAGGUGGUAGAACUAGAUCUAUCAACGGUUGUGACCUCUGUCAGCGGUCCGAAGCGGCCUCAGGAUCGAGUGUCAGUGUCCGUCAUGAAGAAGGACUUCCAGGAGUGUCUGACUAACAAGGUCGGCUUCAAGGGCUACGGCCUCUCCCCCGCCAACCUGGCAGCAUCAGGUAGCUUCAGUUACUCCGAUGGGAAGACAUACACCAUCACCCAUGGCUCCGUCAUCAUCGCAGCCAUCACAUCAUGCACCAACACCUCAAACCCCAGCGUGAUGUUGGGAGCUGGUCUCCUCGCUAAGAAGGCUGUGGAAAAUGGUCUGAGUGUUCAGCCCUACAUCAAGACUUCUCUAUCACCAGGGUCUGGAGUAGUCACUUACUAUCUGAGGGAAUCCGGAGUAGUGCCGUAUCUAGAGAAGCUGGGUUUCGACAUCGUGGGUUACGGGUGCAUGACUUGCAUCGGUAACUCGGGACCCAUUGAUGAUAACAUCGCUAAUACUAUUGAAAAGAAUGAGCUGGUCUGCUGUGGGGUCCUCUCCGGGAACCGUAACUUCGAGGGUCGCAUCCACCCGAACACCCGCGCCAACUACCUGGCCUCCCCACUACUGGUCAUAGCAUACGCCUUGGCUGGCACCGUGGACAUCGACUUUGAGACACAGCCACUUGGCACUCGCGCGGACGGCAGCCCUGUGUACUUGCGAGAGAUCUGGCCGACGCGGGCUGAGAUACAGGAAGUUGAGAACAAGCACGUCAUACCCGGCAUGUUUAAAGAGGUCUACGAGAAGAUCGAGCUGGGUUCCCCCUCCUGGCAACAGCUGUCCGUUCCCCAGGGCAAGCUGUACGGCUGGGACGUCAACUCCACUUACAUCAAGAAGCCCCCGUUCUUCGAUGGCAUGACCAGGGAGUUGACCCCUCGCUCCGGAGUAUCUGGCGCCCGUUGCCUGCUCCUCCUCGGAGACUCGGUCACGACAGACCACAUCUCUCCAGCCGGCUCUAUUGCCAGGAACUCUCCUGCUGCUCGCUUCUUGGCUGAUAAGGGUCUAACUCCCCGCGAGUUCAACUCGUACGGCUCGAGGCGAGGCAACGACGCGAUCAUGUCCCGAGGCACGUUCGCGAACAUUCGCAUCGUGAACAAAAUGGCGCCCACAGCUGGGCCUAAGACCACGCACUAUCCCAGCGGCGAUGUCAUGGACAUAUUCGAUGCUGCCGACAGAUACGGCAAAGAGAACGUCCCUCUUAUAGCUGUAGUCGGUAAAGACUACGGAUCGGGCUCCAGUCGGGACUGGGCAGCUAAAGGUCCCUUCCUAUUGGGAAUAAAAGCUGUAAUUGCGGAAUCAUUCGAGCGUAUCCAUCGCUCCAACCUCGUGGGUAUGGGUAUAAUCCCCCUUCAAUUCCUACCUGGCGACAGCGCGGAUACAUACGGGUUGGACGGCAGCGAGACCUUCGACAUCGACCUACCAGUUGAAGUUACUCCCGGACAACUUAUCACUGUUAAGGUGAGCAACGGCAAGUCAUUCCAAGUGAAGGUCCGCUUCGAUACCGAAGUAGAUCUCACAUACUUCAAGAACGGCGGCAUCCUCAACUACAUGAUCAGAAAGAUGUUGUAAACUAAUCACCGAACGA